AAAACAAGCAAAUCACGUCACCUCGUGACCUCUCUCCAACCACCUCUCACUGGCAGUGGCAAAGCAAGCAACACUUGUGCACUGCUGCACCCCUGAGUUGAGUCUUUAGAAUAGGAAGCAAGCCAUGAGUAUGGCCGAUCCAAAAGAGCCAUCCUCGGUCAAACAGAACGAAUCAAAUGGUUCCAGCGAGCAGCCAAAAGAAGCGGAUCAAGCCGAAGCCAAGCGCAGGGGAUCUCAGGCCUCAAGAGGAGAAGAGAAAAAAAGGCAGAAACCGGCCAGGAACGAUGGCGUCUCGUGGAAUCUAAUACCGCCGGGCCCAGAUGAACCCAGGGAACAGAAUCGACACGGAAAGGUCUACUAUUAUUGCGACCACUGCCAGUUUUGGGCACUCCAUCAACCAGGACAGGGCAAGAAUUGCAAAAACAAGACUGUUACCGCUGCAAAGGGUCAAUCUACCAACUCCAUGAUAAAUCAACCGAAAGUCGAACCAAUUACUAACAAGGAACAUGAUACCCCUCCGACACUGCCAAAUGCUGGAUUGAACGAGCCCUAUCACGAGAAUGGCAUUGCAGUCAAUAUCGCUCGCUUCUACGACGGUCUUUCGCGAGACUUGGCCACCCGAUCCCAAUCCAAACUCUUUUAUAUGCGAAAUUUUAAUGGUUGGGUCAAAUCGGUACAAAUUGAAGAAGUCCAUCCCAGAUACCGUGGGAUGCUUCGCGUCUUGGACUUGGCAUGUGGCAAGGGAGGUGAUUUGGCCAAAUGGGCAUUCCAUUCGCGUUGUGGAAUCGUCAACUUUUGUGGUGUGGACGUUGCCAGAGCAUCUCUGCAGGAAGCAACACGACGCGCCAAUGGACUGCCUCCUAAAAAGUUGCCCAAAUGUUCCUUUGUCUGUGCCGAUCUGGGUGCCGAUCGGUUGGGGAGCCGUCAACCAUUAAUGACUUGGACAUUGGGAGACCCAGCCGAACGAAAACGCCACAAACACGACACUCAUCCAGAGGGAACAUGGCUUCCAGGAGGAGGCGUAUCGGGCCGCGACAAGUUCGAUGUGGUGUCUGUUCAAUUUGCAAUUCACUACAUGAUGUCGUCCCCCGACCGAGCCAAACACUUCUUUCGGGAAGUCAGUCAUUUGUUGGAACCUGACGGUGAAUUGAUUGUCACGACCGUGGAUGCCGAAGUUGUUGUGGGCCAUUUGAUGAAGCUGAGACGUAAGCCCUCAUUUAAAGACGACAACAAGGGGGACGAAGAGGACAUUGUGGUUCGCCUGGGCGGUGGUGCUUGUCGAUUGGGGUUUCAGAAGAAUGUCGUCCGUCGCCUAUUGCAAGGUUACAGCAACUCCACUCCCGCUCAAAUCUGCAAUCGAAGAGACCUCUUUGGUUUGGAAUACACCUUUUUGUUGGUGGAAGGAACGGACCAUGCGGCUGGACUGGGCAAUGCCGUGGAUUUGCCCGAAUGGGUGACACCACUCCCACUGUUAGUGUCGUUGGCCCGAGAGGUGGGGCUGGAGCUGGUCUCGAAAGAGAACUUUCACGACUUUUACUACAAUCGAGAAGACCCGGAUAGAAACCGGCAGGCGCAUCAGGCUUGGGCCAAGAUGCAGAAACGAAAUGGAGGUGGAACCGUGUCGGCUGAAGAGUGGGAGAUCAUCGGGCUCUAUUGCGCCAUCAAGUUCCGAAAACUGAGGAAUAGAUGAGUUUGAAUUGUGAGAUCAGGUUUUAAUACUCGACGCAGAGAUGCAGUCCCUUUCUAGUGCUAUCGUCGCUAUUAUGCAUAUUUAUAUUAUAU